CGGUGCUCUUUCGUGAAGGGACCAUCUCUGCCAAGCGCCUGUUGGUAGAAACUUGCUUGGUCGAAUCUGUGGGGGCUUGUAGGUGGCUGUGGCUGAAGCAGGCGCCAAGGAGAGUCGGUAGCAGGGAAAGCGCCAUGGACGAUCAGGGCUGCCCUCGGUGUAAGACCACCAAAUAUCGGAACCCCUCCUUGAAGCUGAUGGUGAAUGUGUGCGGACACACUCUCUGUGAAAGUUGUGUGGAUUUACUGUUUGUGAGAGGAGCUGGAAACUGUCCUGAGUGUGGUACUCCACUUAGAAAGAGCAACUUCAGGGUACAACUCUUUGAAGAUCCCACUGUUGACAAAGAGGUUGAGAUCAGGAAAAAAGUGCUAAAGAUAUACAAUAAAAGAGAAGAAGAUUUUCCUAGUCUAAGAGAAUACAAUGACUUCCUGGAAGAAGUGGAAGAAAUUGUUUUCAACUUGACCAACAAUGUGGAUCUGGAUAAUACGAAAAAGAAAAUGGAGAUAUAUCAAAAGGAAAACAAAGAUGUUAUUCAGAAAAAUAAAUUAAAGCUGACUCGAGAACAAGAAGAACUGGAAGAAGCUUUAGAAGUGGAACGACAGGAAAAUGAACAAAGAAGACUGUUUAUACAAAAAGAAGAACAACUGCAGCAGAUUCUAAAAAGAAAGAAUAAGCAGGCUUUUUUAGAUGAGCUGGAGAAUUCUGAUCUUCCUGUUGCUCUGCUUUUGGCUCAGCAUAAAGACAGAUCUACCCAAGUAGAAAUGCAACUUGAGAAACCCAAACCUAUAAAACCAGUGACGUUUUCCACAGGCAUCAAAAUGGGUCAACAUAUUUCACUGGCACCUAUUCACAAGGUUGAAGAAGCUCUGUAUGAAUACCAGCCACUGCAGAUAGAGACAUAUGGACCACAUGUUCCUGAGCCUGAGAUGCUAGGAAGACUUGGGUAUUUAAACCAUGUCAGAGCUGCCUCUCCACAGGACCUUGCUGGAGGCUAUACUUCUUCUCUUGCUUGUCACAGAGCACUACAGGAUGCAUUCAGUGGACUUUUCUGGCAACCCAGUUAACCGUUUAUAAGAUUUGGACCUUGGAGCUGAACCAGGGAGCUAGCGAAAGUAACGCAGACUUGUAAAGUUAUAGCUAUAUGCAGCUGCACAACACAGUUCUACCACUAGCAGCUGUGUUAAAGUAUAUAAAGAGAUUUCAGAACUAAGAUGAGUAAUAUAAGGAAUAUAUAUUUGUGAAAAAGAUUGUUUACUUAUAUUUUUCAGAGGAUUUGACACAAUAAGCCUCAUCUGAUCGAAGAGAGGAAUAAAUAAUUCACCUGUAUGUGUUUGAGGUUGACAGACUUAUAAAAUCUUUUUAAAAAAUAAAGCUAGAAUUUAUAUUAA